UGUUCACCUGAAACGCCAUGGAAAAGUUCAGUGCAUCCCUCCAUGGCAAUCCCGCUAUCUCUCUGCCAUCCGUCUAUGCCUCCUCGCCUGAAUCAUUCUCUUACCUCUCAACUCGGACUACGGGCGGCGGGCUUCCUCUGUUGGCCUUUAUCGAGGCGUGCGGCCAUUCUCGAGAUUGCUGCCAUCACCCUAUCCUUAACCUUACCGGCGUCUGCUAAUGGCUCAUCUUCUCCGAAUGCAGCUCUAGAUGGAAUUUCCAACACGAAAUCCUGGUUUCAGUACUUUGGCGAUGGAUUUUCCAUCCGCAUCCCUCCUCUCUUCGAAGACAUCAUGGAGCCUGAGGACUUCAGUGCUGGACAAACACUUUAUGGUGAUAAGGCAAAACCUAAAAUGUUUGCUGCUCGUUUUGCGUCUCCUGAUAGAUCCGAAGUUUUGAGUGUGGUGAUUCGGCCAUCUAAUCAGCUGAAGAUAACUUUUCUAGAGGCCAAGGAUAUUACUGAUAUAGGAUCUCUUAAGACGUCGGCAAAAAUCUUUGUUCCUGGUGGUGCAAACUUGUAUGCUGCCCGUACAUACAAAAUCAAAGAAGAAGAAGCUCUUAGGACGUACUACUUCUAUGAGUUUGAAAUUGGUGGACAGCAUGUUGCUUUAGCUGUUGGACUUGAUAAUGGUAAGGCAUACAUUGCUGGAGCUGCUGCCCCACAGAUUAAAUGGAAAGAUGAUGGCAUUAAGCUGCGUUCUGCUGCCUUAUCUCUUACUGUUCUGUGAAUAUUUAUCAGUCUCAGAAAAUAUCAUCAAGAGACCAAACAAAUCAAUAUAUUAUCCAGUCACAACUCUCCCUUUGAAGAUAACUUUCUCUUCAGAAAAUCAGUCAAUCGACUCAAUCUGCAAUGUUUCAUGGUGGCAACAGUCAAAUAACACUGCUUCUCACUUGAGUGAUCAAGUAACAAAAAUUCCAAUGCACUAUUUUCUGUCUGCAAACUUGUUUAAGCUACAAACCAGAGGUACAAUAUGUUGGAAAUCAAGUUUAUUUCAUUUUAUCCAGAGAAGCUUGAGUAUCAGUUUCAUGA